UACUGCAGAUCGCUGCUAAAUGGCUGGAGCAGGAAGCUGCUGAGAUCGCAGCUGCCAAGGAAGCUUAUAUGGCAGAGAAUUGUCCUGCCCCUGACAUGAGCGGAGACCAGGCGGCUCUGAUGGAAAUCUGCAAAAAACUGGCCCAGGCUGCUGACAAGAUCGAUGAAGAAAGAUAUGACACUGAGGCCAAAGUGGCAAAGUCAGACAAAGAGAUUGCAGAGCUGAAGCUGAAGGUGGUUGAGCUGGCCGGAGUGAAGAAACCUGCCCUGAAGAAAGUGCGUAUGUCUGCUGACGCCAUGCUGCAGGCUCUGCUGGGCUCCAAACACAAGGUGACCAUGGACCUGAGGGCCAACCUGAAGCAGGUCAAGAAGGAAGUCAAAGAGGAGGCUACAGAGGCAGUCGGCGACUGGCGUAAGAACAUUGAGGAUAAAGCUGACAGGAAGAAGAUGUUCGAAAGUUCUUAAAGACUUUCUAAUCCAAAUUUUCCGUUUUCCCACCCUCUGGACUACUGCAUCUUUUGUCCACUAUUACAUUUGGC